AUGUCUACAUGGUGUGAACGCUUUGAAAAAUUUUCUACAUGGGCAAGUUUGGUUCGUGCUAUUGCGCGCCUCAAAGGACUUUUGAGUAGAACCAAAUCUGACAAACCAAAUACAGUCGCCCUAAAAGAAGAUGCUGAACAUUUUAUUAUUAAGCAGACCCAAUAUGACAGAUAUUCAUCGGAGAUCCUUGCAAUCAAAGGAGGAAAACACCCACCACGGAACAGCUCUUUGAUUCCCCUUAACCCAGUGUUAGACCAAAAUGGCAUCCUGCGUGUGGGCGGUCGAGUCAAACAUAUGAAGAUUUCUGACGUAACUACACAACCUAUUAUUAUUCCCAAGGACAACCAUGUUGCUACAUUGUUAGUACGUCACUAUCAUGAAGAAGUUCAUCAUCAGGGGAGGCACAUGACGGAAGGAGCCAUCAGAAGUGCAGGUUUCUGGGUUGUUGGAUUCCGCAGACUUGUAAAUUCUCUGAUUAGGUCAUGCGUUUUGUGCAAGAAAUUGCGUGGGAAUCUAGGAUGGACAAAAAUGGCUGACCUUCCCCUAGAGAGAGUUGAGCCUGGGCCUCCAUUUAGUUUCGUAGGGAUAGACACCUUUGGACCAUGGCCAGUCGUUAUAAAGAAAACUACCAGAGGUGUUAGAACUACAUCCAAGUAUUGGGCCAUUCUUUUCACCUGCCUAGUGUCAAGAGCAGUACACAUGGAAUUGGUUGGAGAUAUGAGUAGUGAAGCUUUCAUCAAUGCCCUGAGACGAUUCAUGGCGAUUCGUGGCCCUGUACGCCAGUUUCGUUCGGAUAGGGGUACGAACUUUAUUUGGGCAAUGAAGGAGCUAGGGAUAAGUGCAACUUUUGAUGAAAGUGGGACAGUCCAUGACUAUCUGACAAAGUGUGGAUCUACCUGGGUUUUCAACCCGCCCUAUGCUCAUCAUUUUGGAGGUGCCUGGGAACGCCUGAUAGGUUCCUGUCGUCGUAUACUGGAUGCUUUGCUGUUGGAGAACAGACCGAAGGACUUAAACUUUGAUGUUCUAAAUACCUUCAUGAGUGAGGUGAGUGCUAUCAUGAAUACUCGCCCUUUGUUACCCAUUUCCAGUGAUCCGGAAGCUCCAUCUGUUCUCUCUCCGUCCAUGAUCCUUACACAGAAAGGACAUAACUUCUCUACACCCAUGAACGUUACAGGAUUUGGAGAUAAAGAUGCUAUGAGAAGUCAGUGGAAGUUGGUUCAAAAACUGGCGGAUGACUUCUGGCAUAGAUGGCGGCUUGAGUACAUCCACUGUCUGCAGACUCGCAGGAAAUGGCAGUUGCCAGGGACAACUUUCAAGGUCGGUGAUGUGGUGCUAGUCAAGGACGACAGUUCUCAUCGAAACAUGUGGCCGGUUGGUGUCAUCGACGAAGUAUUCCCGAGCAAGGACGAUUUCAUUCGAAAGGUCAAGGUCACCAUUGUUCGUGACGACAUUCGUACUUCAUAUGUGAGACCAAUCACAGAACUGAUUCAUUUACUUGAUUGUGAGUGA